GGUUUCGGUAUCACUGUGUCAGUAGGCUGUCAUGUUUACAGUUUUCGGUUCGCGAUCUCGCGGUCAUUGAUAAAGAAAAAUAAUACACAACUGACAGCGCGUUACGAGUUCACGAUCGUCGUCGUCGAUAGUCGAGACGUCGAUCAACGUUAUAUAUUAUUUGAAUUUGAAUAUUAAGUAAUUUCAACUUUUUUUAAUCUCGGAUAAGUUAACACACGAUCUGUAAGAAGUACACAGAUGACAGCUGUGGUUAGGUUUAUCGUUUUUGACACAGCUCGAUGAGAACGAAGGACAUCUUCUGGAUUGCGAUGAGUAGGACAACGUAAGAUCUAUCGUACCGGCAACACCGAUCGAGAGACUGAACACGGAAUAAAAUGUCGUACGAACAGACUGCUUGUGACGAUCUUAAAGCUUUUGAGCGGCGACUAACCGAGGUGAUUGCUUCUAUCAAACCAAUAACUAAUCGAUGGCGAACAAUUUUAGCUAUUUCAACAUUAAGUGCUUCAAUAGGUGCUUAUUAUUGGUUGACAGAUCCACAAACUGCUAAAGUAUCAUUUGUCCAAUCACUGUACAAUCAUUUAUUGUUCACCGUUUCAUCUAUGAUACUUAUGAUAUUACUCAUAACUGGUGUACAUAAAAAAGUGAUAGCAACAUCGAUAAUAACAUCACGUGCAAGGCAAGUGCUAGCUGAUUUUAAUAUGUCUUGUGAUGAUUCUGGAAAACUAAUACUAAGACCUAGGCCACAACAGAAUACGUAAUGAUAAAUUCACAAUAACAGGAUGUACUUUUUUUUUCAUUGUUAAGAGUUAUGUAACAAUUGUUCAUGAAUGACACCCUAUUAUAAUGAGUUAGAUCUAUAAUUUUGAAUUGUAAUGUAUCUAAUGUGUUUAUGUACAUAAUAUAAUUAAUAAUUAUUAAUGAAUUAUUAUUAUAUAGAUAUUUCUUAUAUGAAUUAAAAAAAAUUGUUUUACUUAUCUGAAAUAGAAAAAGAGUUUAAAAUAUUCUUAUCAGUCACCAACAUCUAUUUAGUAAGUUUCUUCAUGAAUUACUUAAUAUUUAACUACUUUUCUAUUUAUCUUAUGAGCAUUGUUGGAAAAUAUAUAUAGAGUAUAUUGUUCCAUUUACCUUACCAUACAUAUAACUAAUUCUGAAGCGUUAACUGUCUCAGUGUUUUUGACUCUUAUUUUAAUAUUAGAUAAAAUUCAGUUUAUUUAAAAUCAUUAUUCAGACUAUGUAUUGUUUACAUUAACUAAAUAAUUAAAUUUACAGUAAAUUAAAUUUAUUCUGUUUGUAAAUUUAUGUUUAAGUGUAAAGUUGGGGAAUUAU